GGCGAGUUUAAAGAGUCUCCGGUUCGGAGGUUUUUAGUUCAAACUCCACAUGUUUUCAUCAGGAAACAUCAGAACCGAGCCGGAGGAAACAUCCAACCACAGGAUGCCGGUGGUGCAGGAUCUGGAUCAGGAUCUGGAUCAGGAUCUUCCCGUCAUCAGCUCCGUGUUGUCGGGAAAUGGACAAAGCUUGAAGAAGUCCCGGUCCAGGACCCGGUCCGGGUCCAAGUCCUGGUUCUGGGACGGCCUGGACACCGAGUCCACCCCCACGGAUCUGAUCCAGCACUGGUCGCCCCCCCACAAACACCCACGGAGCUGUUGCCGGGGCAACGGGGACCAGGACAAGGAGAACCAUGACGAGCACUUUGUCCUGGCCCGCAGGUCCCGGAGGAAGAAGAGCUCAGGGGUUUCGUGGGACCGUCUCCCGGACGAGCUUCUCCUCAGGAUUUACUUCUACGUUUCUCUCCAGGAUCUUCUGAAAGUUUCUGCCGUUUGCAAACGCUGGCAUCGUCUGGCGUUGGACGAGUCCCUCUGGUCCAGCGUGGACCUGGAGGGGACGACCCGUCUGGUUCCGGCUCUGCAACAAGUCCUGACGACGGGAGUCCGGAGACUUCGCUGUCCCCGAACCUUCGGGACCGGAGACACGCUGCACUUCCCGGGACAGGAUUUGCUGCAGAUCGUAGAACUGGAUCUUUCCGGUUCCGUCGUUUCCACGUCCGUCAUCGAGAAAAUGGUUUCCUGCUGCAGAAAUCUGGAGCGUUUGAGUCUGGAAGGUUUAAAACUCUCAGACGACGUCAUCAAUUCUUUAUCCAGGAAUCCAAACCUGCAGCAGCUGAACUUGAGCGGCUGCUCCGACUUCAGCGCGUCCAGUCUGGCACAAACGCUGAGAUCCUGCACAAGGUUAAAUCAGCUGAACGUUUCCUGGUGCAGUUUCUCCACCGAUCACGUGAAGUCGGUCGUGAACAACGUGAGUCCCGACGUUUCCGGCGUGAACAUCAGCGGCUGCAGAGAGAGAAUCACGCUGGACGAUGUGAAGGUUUUGGUGAAAAGAUGCCCCAAAAUCCAGACUCUAGAUUUGAGUGACAGUACUCUGCUAAUGGCCGACAGCUUCCCGGUUCUGAAACAGCUGAAGUUUCUUCAACAUCUGUCGCUGAGUCGCUGCUACCACGUCCACCUAGCCGCGCUAACGGAUCUGAAAUCGUUUCCUUCCCUCCUCCUCCUGGACGUGUUCGGUCUCCUCCAGGAUUCUCAGCUUCCGUCGCUGCAGAAAGAGAUUCCUGGCGUCGCCGUCAACGCCCGGCCGUUCUCCGCCGUGGCCCGGCCCACGCCGGCCGAGUCCGGGAGACGGGCGGCCGAGAUGUGGAGCCGCCGGUGCCGGCUCCGCCUGGUCCGGUAACGGUGCAAAAACUCCAAAUCAAACGGGAAUAUUUGUCUUAUUUCCAGUUAAAAUGUCUCAUUUUUAGUCAAAAAAAAAUGUCAUUACACUUAAAUCAAGACUCAUCACUGGAAAAAACAACAAUUUUCACCUGUUUCAAGUAGAUUUCCACUUGAAAUAAGUAGAAAAAUCUACCUAAGAUCUAUCUAAGAUUUUUUUUUUUGCUUGUAAUGGCAGAUUUUUCUCCUUAUUUCAAGUAAAGAAAGAAAGAGAACGCUCACUCGCACAAAAAACGUACGCUCGCACAAAAAAAACGCUGGCUUGCACAAAAAAAAGUUCGCUCGCACAAAAAAAACGUACGCACACCAAAAAACUUUUGUGGGAGCGAGCGUUUUUUUUUUUUUUUCAUGCGAG